CCGAAAUGUAAUGAAACCGGUUUGAAACUGGUGACGGUCAGAUCUUCGUGUACAGAAGAUCAGGAUUUUAAUCAGAUUGAAGGAAAAGGGGAAUUUUAGUUAAACAACAUAAUAUCAAUAUUGUUAAGACUAAAAGCUGUGUCGUGCCAUCAUGGAUCCGAGGGUUUUAUUCUUUGCUGGACUUUUAUUAACAGGUUGUGUGCCUUCCUGUUAUGCUCGAUGCUCCGACGAUGACUCUUGGUUCAGCCUGACGAAUCUUGUCAUUGGCGGCGUUGCUGGGAUAGGUGCCGUUGUUGUGGCACCCGUUGUGCUAGGGGCAGCUGGAUUUGGAGCCGCUGGUGUUGCGGCCGGAUCGUUGGCGGCUGCCGUUCAGGGAUCAGCAGUUGUUUCCGGGAGUGCAUUUGCGCUUGCGCAGAGUGCAGGUGCGGCUGGUCUGGGAGUCGGGGCUAAGGCCGCAUUGUUUAUGGGAGGGGCGGCGGCCGGGUCGGUGGCCAGCAAGAAGAACGAUUUAUAAACACAUUUGUCAACAGUGUUACAUUUGUAUCCAUUAAAUACACUGAGCUUAUAGUUAUUUUUCAAUUGUUUAGACCACCUUGAAGAAAUAAUAAGAAAUUGGUAAAUGUUUAAACCCUUUCAAUAUAGAAGAAAAGUUCUACUUAUUGAAUUAAAUGGUAUAUCAAAUGUUAAGGCAACCUUGAACAGAAAUGUUCUUAUUUAAUCCUAUUCACUUGAUUAUGUUAAGAAAGUGCACAUAAGUAUCAACUUUUGUUACAAUCCAAUUAUGUUUAUUCAUUAGCUUUCAAGCUAUUAUUUGUUGUAUAUCAUUGCAGCUGUCUGAUUUCUAUUAUACAUUUGAACCUCAAUAUAACCAACAUUUGUUCAACACUAUACAGUAAUAAAGCUUCUUUGAAAUGAAAUAAGUUUAUUUCCACUCAUACAUAGAUACGGGUCCGUGUAUAUACCGUCUUUUCGUUUUUAGUUUUUUACAAUUGAAAGUUUGGAUAGAAAACCAAAAUUGAUUGUCGUUUUCCUGUUAAAAAAAUAUUAUGUCCCCCUUCAAAGAAGAGGGUAUAUUGCUUUACAGAUGUCGGUCGGUUGGUCGGUUGGUCGGUCGGUCAGUCGGUCGGUAGACCAAAGAUUGUCCGAGUGAUAACUCAACAAUUCCUGGACUGUCGCGUAAUGCCACCGUUCACUUAACUUUCGUGAUAGUUCGUUCAGUAACCAACCAACAACUGUUCACGUGUUUUAAGUCUUUAUUGUUCCACGUUCUUUCUAAGUAUAAUAAUCAGUAUAUAAUACAGCAUGACAUUUAAGGUAAUCUCGCAUCCUAACUGCCGUCCAUUAAGGACCCAAGGCCUCGUUCCUUGCCUUGCCUAACCCACCUCUAACAUUAUAAUCAUGCGUCUAUAUAUACCACUUUUUUGUCUAGCUAGUGACAGUUGUGCAUAUUUAAUUUCUUGUUAUAUACAAAAAGAACGUAUUCUACAGUCAUGAACUGUCCAGCUAAUUGGACUAAUAGCCAGCGGCUAUCACGACUGUCACCAGCUAAAUACAUCUACAUUUAAUAAUUAUGAUGAAGUAUUUGCUUUUUGUUACAAAUAAACUUUGAAUUCUA